AUGUCUGGGCGAGGCAAAGGCGGGAAAGGCUUGGGCAAAGGAGGCGCCAAAAGGCACCGGAAAGUUCUCCGGGAUAACAUCCAGGGCAUCACGAAGCCCGCCAUUCGUCGGCUGGCUCGGCGCGGGGGCGUCAAGCGGAUUUCGGGGCUCAUCUACGAAGAGACGCGGGGCGUCCUGAAAGUGUUCCUGGAGAAUGUGAUCCGCGACGCGGUGACCUACACCGAGCACGCCAAGAGGAAGACGGUCACGGCCAUGGAUGUGGUCUACGCCCUGAAGCGCCAAGGCCGGACUCUUUACGGCUUCGGCGGCUAAUUUGGAGAUCGGAUCAGAAGGGAAGAGAUGCGGCGGGGAAAAGGCCCUUUUCAGGGCCGC